UAAUCAAGAAGAUGAUAAAUUUGAAGAUAAAAUAGAAACAAAAAGGCAGAAAAAAGAAAGGAUGGCUAGUUUGGGCAUGUACUGGAAUACAGGAAUCAAGAAAAGGUCAAUAACAGUUGCUAAAGAGAAUGAAAAGAGAGUAGAAGUAGCAGAGAAGGUGAAAAAAUCAAAAGUAGUAAUACUUGGUGGAACUGGAAGAGUUGGUGGUUCUACUGCUAUUGCUCUUUCUAAGCUUUGUCCUGACCUCCACAUUAUUAUUGCUGGUCGAAAUAGGGAGAAAGGAGCUGCCAUGGUGUCAAACCUAGGAAAGAACUCAGAAUUCGCUGAAGUAAAUAUAGACGACAGAGAAGCAUUAGAAGCCAAUUUAACAGAUGCGGACAUUGUGGUUCAUGCAGCUGGGCCAUUCCAACAGUCAGACAACUGUAAAGUACUAGAAGCUGCCAUUGGAACCAAGACAGCCUAUCUUGAUGUUUGUGAUGACACAAGCUAUGCAACACGGGCAAAAUCCUAUAUGAAUAAAGCACUGGAAGCCAAUAUUCCUGCCAUAACUACUGGUGGAAUCUACCCAGGAGUGAGCAACGUGAUGGCAGCAGAGCUUGUUCGCACUGCAAAACUUGAAAGCGAAGGUGAAUUAGAGAGGCUUAGAUUCUACUACUACACUGCAGGCACUGGUGGUGUUGGACCUACUAUUUUAGCUACUAGUUUUUUGCUUCUUGGAGAGGAUGUAGUUGCAUAUAAUAAAGGAGAGAAAAUCAAAUUGACGCCUUAUAGUGGGAUGCUUAGUAUUGACUUUGGAAUGGGGAUCGGCAAGAAGGAUGUUUACCUCCUAAAUCUUCCGGAGGUGAAAAGUGUGCAUGAGGUCCUUGGAGUACCAACUGUUAGUGCUCGGUUUGGAACAGAUCCAUUCUUCUGGAACUGGGGAAUGAUUGCUAUGAGAAAUUUACUUCCUAAAGAAUUUCUGAGGGAUAGAAGCAAAGUGCAACAGCUGGUUCAACUAUUCGAUCCAGUUGUUCGAGCCGUUGACGGAACAGCUGGAGAAGCAGUCUCAAUGCGAGUAGAUUUAGAAUGCUCAGAUGGACACAACAGAAUUGGCAUAUUUAGUCAUAAAAAACUUUCUAGAUCAGUGGGAAUUUCAACAGCUGCAUUUGUCCUUGCUAUUCUUGAGGGAAGCACAAAACCUGGUGUCUGGUUUCCUGAAGAGCCCGAAGGAAUUGCAGUUGAAGCAAGGGAAGUUCUUCUCCAAAGAGCUUCCCAGGGAACUAUCAACUUCAUAAUUAACAAGGCUCCAUGGAUGGUAGAAACAAAUCCUAAAGAGCUCGGUUUUGGGAUUUAUUCAUAAAUUCAGUAAAGAUUCGACUGAUCAAGCGUUGAGUGUGGAGCCAAAAUGCACCUUCACCUAAUUGAAAAUUUUAAAAAGUUUAACAUUUAAAGGUGCAAAUAGAACAAUAAGAUGUCAUUCAAUUGUUUCCCUUUCCUUUUCUAUCCCUUAAUUAUCUUCUUUUGCAUAGCUGGAGAAAAAUUCUAUGAGAGAAGUCUGUUGAAUGACAAUGUUUGUUAAGACACAGUUGGUAAUAAUAUUAAUAAAACAGUUCUAUGUGCAUUA